AUGAAAAUGGUUGUGAAUGGUAACGAAAUGGAAGAUUUUGAAGAGAUUAAAAGAAUACCUGUAAUGGGAUUUGCCAAACGUUACCCAUAUAGAACAUUUGCUUUUGCUAAAAGAGGAUAUGGAUCAAGAUUUGCUUUUGCUAAAAGAUCAACUGAUGAUAUGGUAGAUAAUGAUGAAUUAAAUGAAAAUAAUUUAACUGAACCAGAAAGUAAAAGAAGUUAUCCUAAUAGAUUUGCUUUUGCAAAAAGAGGCUACAACAGUAGAUUUGCUUUUGCUAAAAAAAGUUAUCCUAGAACAUUUGCGUUUGCUUAA